AGCGUUGUCUACAUCUUUUGAGUGCGGAGCUUUUGAGGUGAAGCUCGGGAGCUGUCGAUCCGUGUACAAUCGGUACCGGCGUGCGGAGGCGGGGAGAUGGAGCGGUGGAAAGGCAGAGUGGCCCUGGUGACCGGAGCCUCGGUGGGGAUUGGAGCGGCUGUAACCCGAGCUCUCGUCCAGCAUGGCAUGAGGGUGGUGGGCUGUGCCAGGAACGUCGACAAAAUUGAGAAGCUGGCAGCAGAAUGUCAGAGUGCAGGCUACAGUGGCACACUGAUUCCUUACAAAUGUGACCUGUCCAACGAAGAGGAGAUUAUGUCCAUGUUCUCAGCUAUCAAGACGCUGCACAAAGGAGUGGACGUGUGCAUCAACAACGCUGGGCUGGCUCACAGUGAACCUUUGCUCAGCGGAAAGACCGAGGGCUGGAGGAACAUGAUCGAUGUGAAUAUCUUAGCCUUGUCUAUCUGCACCCGUGAGGCCUACAGAUCAAUGAAGGAGAGGAAUGUGGAUGACGGCCACAUCAUCAAUAUUAAUAGCAUGAGCGGGCACCGAGUUGUGCCAAGUGCUGAUGAGCAUUUUUACUGUGCCACUAAAUAUGCUGUGACUGCUCUGACUGAGGGGAUACGGCAAGAGCUCAGAGAAGCAAACACUCACAUCAGAGCUACAUGUAUUUCUCCUGGAGUAGUGGAGACAGAGUUUGCCUUUCGACACCACAACAGCAAUCCAGAGAAAGCAGCUGCAGUUUAUGAGAGUAUAAAAUGUUUGAAAGCUGAGGACGUAGCCUGCGCAAUCACAUUUGUCCUCGGUGCCCCUCCUCAUGUCCAGAUUGGAGAUGUUCAGAUGAGGCCUGUUGAGCAGGUAUCAUAGCAGAGACCCUGGGAGCUGCAGGACACAAACAGCAGCCUGUGACUCCUUAGCGGCCUCUGCUGGCGAUGUGGAUUGGAAGACUGGUAGGGUGGAGCUGAUGUUGAAUCUGCAGAGGCGUGACCAAGGAGAACUGGAGCCUUAGUGGUUGUGCAGUGGGGAAAUGACAGGCGUGGACUCUGUAAACCACUAUGAUAAUACUACUGAACGCAGCAGUCCUGACCGGAGCCGACACUAAACUGCAGCGGGAAUAAAUGAGGAGAGCUGCUGCUGAGCCAUGAUGUGCACGGUUAUCACCUCAGAGGGAAGACUGUCAUUGAUUGCACUUUUUUUUUUUUUUUUUUUUUUGGGUAGGUU